UGCUUCUUCUCCACCACGAGUGUCGCAAAAACAACGCAUGCAGGAUCAGGUCAGGAUGCGGUGGGUUCAAUGUCACAGAGUUUUUCCAGCGAGCAGAUAGACGAGAAUAAACUUUAAAGCUUGGGUGCCGUCAGGUUUGAAAGAAGUGCUGGAUAAUCUGCAUUGAGCCGUAUAUCCACCAUGUCCAUCCAGAUUUGUAGAGUGGUGGAGCUGAUGCUGCGCUCUGCUUGCUGUCACACUGUCAGAGGUCAGUCCUGUUUGCGCAAGGCAGUGUUGACCCCAGUGGGUCCCUCUGGCUUCUGUGCUCCAGGUGCUUUUGUCCUUCAAAGGAGGGCCUACAGUCUGGACUCCCUGUCUUUGGGUCCUGGUCGGCCCUCACUCGGUCCAAAUUCCCAACAGCCUCGUGCAGAGAGGACAUCCCCCUCGUCUGCGCUCACACACAGGAAUCUGUCAGCUGUAGCUGUACAGGGCCAGUGCCGUCCUCUGAGCCAGUAUGACUUCCUAGACCUCGAGGAGAUAGAAGAGAAUGUACGACGUGCUCAGGCCUGUAAAAAAAUCAGACACUUCAUAGUGGACCCUGACCUGGCUAAUCUGGUAGCACAGCAUCUGGGACCUGAUCUACAAGAUGCUAAAACUGUUAUCUUUGAAUGUAACCCAGGUCCUGGGGUAUUAACUAGGACACUGUUAAAUGCUGGAGCUCAGAGAGUUGUCGCUCUUGAGGGUGAUAGGUCCUUUCUACGUGACCUACAGGAGCUAGAAAGCCGCCUUGAUGGGCAGCUGGAAGUAGUUCACUGUGACUACUUUAAACUAGACCCCAUUGGUCCCGGCAACGUGAAACCCCCAGCUAUGUUCACCGAUAAGCUCUUUACUGACCUGGGAAUCUCAGACUCUGCUUGGACUGAUGAUAUCCCAGUGAAGGUGGUGGGAAUCCUGCCCCAGCGCAAUGAGCGUAGCACGCUGCUGAAGAUGGUUUACGCUUUGUUUGAGCGGCUGUCUGUCUACAGAUAUGGAAGAAUAGAGCUCAACCUCUUCAUAAGCGAGAAAGAAUACCUGAAACUGGUGGCGCGUCCUGGUGAAAUGAUGUACUACAGAGCCUUUGGCGUCCUCUGGCAGAUGGCCUGUGAGAUUGAACUACUGCACAAGGAGCCGUGGGAGUCAUUUGUGGUGUCAUCAGGACAGAGCGUACCUAGCCAUAAAGGCUGGCUUCCAAAUGAUCACCUGUGCCUGGUGCGCCUGCGUCCACGGGCAGACCUGUUCUCUGGAGGACUGACUCCAUCUAAUGCGUCAACUCUGCUGAUGAUGGUCAAGCAGUGUUUGGCAAAGAGGAAGGUCAAGCUCAUUGACAGGCUCAAUCUCUGGUCACCAGAUAGUGGGAAUAAACUGUUAUCAGAGAUGGGCAUGCCAGAGGACAUACUGACAGGCCACGUAUAUCCAGAAGAGUAUCUCCGACUGUUCCAGCUGAUGGACAAGAGCAAGGAAUUCACACAAAGCUGGCUUUAUGAAGAGAUCCUGGAGAACACACAGAGGGAGGGUUGGAGCUAAAAUAUAGACAGACAGGUCUUAUAUGUAUAGAUUUUCAGAAAACAAAAUGUGCAUACAAAUGUGUGAUAUACUGAUGAUGUAAUAUAGAUAUAGUAUAUGUGGUGUAGUGACAGACUUUAGAGAGUCACACAGGAAAUUGUUAAAAAUAAGUUAUUCAUGAUAUUACCACGAAUAUAUUUGUUACUGAAAUGAUUUAAAUGUGACUGUGACAAAUUCCACAAACCUCCGUAGGCCGUGGAUGAAGGACAUCAAAUAAAUGUUUUCCUGAAUUGGGUUUUCUAAGAGGUGAGAGACAAACACACUUAAAUAUAAUACUGGGUUCUUACAACAUACUUAUGGCCAGUAGGAGAAGAAAAAUUACUUCUAUAAUUAAGUGUGUUUUUUUUUUUUUUUUUUU